UUAAUGUCAAACUGUGUUGACUCAGGUGUGGCGAAAUUCGAUGUAACGAUUCGGUUUUACAGCCAUGAUCAGGGUUAUCCCUUAUGUCGCUCUCGAGCCUUUGGCUCAUCCAUAAUCUAUGCGCUCUGCGGUAUCAGGUAAUGUACCCAAGGUAUCAUUGCGACACGUGUUAGGUAUGUCGUCUGCUAUCAGACGCCCGAGCACCGAGUAGUCGCGCUUGAGGUACAGAUGCUGGAACUAUUGACUAUUCAUGCAACAGUAGACGUUACAAUGCAAUAUGUGGCGAUAGAAAAAAAUCGAACAAGUCCGAUUGAUGCUCUGUUGUCAUGGCUUCACAAUUCCAUCUACCAUAUUAUCAUAUUAAAUGCAGAUAAAAUUUUCAUGAAGAGCCGAGUCACAUGACAGUGCAGUAGAGCAAUAUUUGCGAACAUGAAAAAAUGGUCGAAAAGGAUGCACAAUUUGUAACAAGUGGUUCGAAGGUCCUCCACGUAGAUAGGAAGCAUCGGCAUUAUUUUUUGCGCAGGAAAUCGAAUUCUGAUUCAAGAAUAGUGUUAGUUAGCUAUUGAUCCGCAAAGUCCGUGGUAUGCUGCAUUCAACAAGCACACAUUACUCGAUAUUGACGCACAAAACGUCAUGCAAACUGUUGGAAUUUGUGUUUUCGGAGUAUUUAGACGAUUUCACAGUGGUCCCAGAAAAUAUUCUAGUUCAAGGAAUCCCAGUUUUAAUUGACAGCAGUUUCCCGUAAGUUUAGCAUCGUGUUCUUGUGGUGGACUUGUGAUGCUGUAAUGUAACUCCCUGCUCAGCGUGAUAAUUGUAGUUGUACAAAGAGAAAUUAAAAGCUGAUGAUUAUGUCCUUUUAUGCGAAAUUAUUAAAGUCAUCGUAUAAAACCAAGGAAGAAUUCUUCGGCUUUGAUCAGGAUUUAUGUCAGGUAUGGAAUAUAACAUCCCUGUGAAAGAGUCAUGGGGAAGAAAAUACAGUGUCUCGGCCGGUAUGUUAUGGACUGCCAAACUCUUGGCAAGGGUAGCUUUGCGCGGGUAGAGCUAGCAACUCAUGGGGUCACAGGAUGCAAGGUUGCAAUUAAGAUAGUUGAUACCCGUAAGAUCAAAGAUGAAUAUUGUCGGCAGAAUCUGCACAGGGAGGCCAGGAUUUUGGCCCAGCUUCGCCACCCAAAUAUCGUCAGGCUGUAUGAGACUUUGAAGGCCACCACCCUGUACUGUCUGGUCCUGGAGUGUGCUCUGGGUGGAGACUUGAUGACGUUUAUCAGGACACAAAAACAGUUCUGUUUGCCGGAGGAGAGGGCCCGAGACUUCUUCAGACAACUUGUAUCUGCCGUGCAUUAUCUCCAUGAGAGAGGGGUAGCUCACAGGGAUUUAAAAAUGGAAAACAUCAUGCUUGAUGAGAAGAAAAAGAAUAUCAAAAUAGUGGAUUUUGGUCUUAGUAACACCUAUAACAAAGAUGAGUUGAUGAGGACACGAUGUGGAUCCCUGGAAUACGCAGCUCCAGAACUAUUCAAUCCGUCGGAAAAGUAUGGUCCAGAGGUGGAUGUGUGGGCUGUUGGAAUCAUAACAUAUGCAAUGGUGAUAGGAAAGCUGCCAUUCACCACACCAUACACGGACCAAUAUAGGAGACAGAAGCUGCUACAACAGGUGGAGAAAGGGAUCACAGAGCCACAACUCAAGGAGAUGUGUCAUCUCUCAGAAGAAUUGAAACAGUUGCUCUGCAAACUGUUGGAACCUAAUCCUAGUCACCGCCUGCCGCUGAUGGAUGUAGAGAUUCACCCGUGGGUGACUUGUGAUGCCAAAAUGCCUUUCUACCCAUUUCAUGCCUUUCCAAGGGACAAAUUGCUCAAGUCCCAGGAAGCCAUUUUAGAAGAGUUAGAAAAUGAGGUUAUUGACGAGUUGACAGAAAUGAUGAACAUGAACAAGGAGCAGGUAGAGAAGACAGUUCAUGAGAGUAAAUGUGAUGAACUCUCCGCUAUGUUUAACAUGAUGAUGGAUAACAAAAGGAAAGACAAAGGGGUAUUUGACCUGGACUACACAAGCUUCCAUGAAAAGAGAAGAGAGAAAAGAGAACCUAAAGGUACCAAGCAUAAAAAGAAAGUUGUACAAAAUCAGCAAAAUCUGUCAGAAAGUGUGAUUUCUCAAGAGGUUGACUUGGAAGAGGUCAAAGUCCAGGAUGAUUGCCAAAAUGCCAACCAUACCAAUAGUUUACCAUACAUUGAAGCAGCUACCUCCAAUGAUCAUAAAGAGGACCACGGGGCGCCUAUGACAGAGGCGGAGAAGUUACAGGCGGCUCACGAUCACAAGGUCAGCACUGCGUUUGACUUCAUGGCUCUCUGUAGUGCUCCAACAUGGCUAGAGGGGAAGAAGAGGAAAUCUCGUCGAAGAAAAAAUCCAUUGCAUUCUCCUUUACCCUCAGCUGCGACAGAGGCGGACUCUGUUCAACAUUCUACUGAAACACUGGCCAUCACUCAGGGAACCCCAGACAACCCUAACCUUCUGUCUCCAAGUCAGGCCCAGCCGUACAACCGCCGGUCCCUGCGACGGAGAUCAUCUAAAAGAAGGCCUGGUCCUAGAUCCAGCUCCUAUGGCCCGGGCCACCGACGGACCAACAGUAUGAAGGAACAAAAAUGUUCCUCACAGCCGAACAGCCCUGUCCUACUCGUCAAUCCAGAAAUCAAGAUUGAUCCUCCAAUCAGUGCAAAUCAAACCCCGCGAUCGUCCAGGAGUCCCUUCCAUUCUGGUUCAGUGACACUGUUGGUGCCUAACCAGAAGCAGCAUAGGUCCUGCAGUGAUAUGACUGACGACGAGUCUCACGAUGAAAGUGAUCCCAAUUACUCUGACUCCUCCUGUCCAAAUUCUGCUGGUUACAUUCAUCCAGAUGAAAUCAUUCCUGUGUUUGAAAGUAAAACCACCACCUCUACUGCUGAAGUACAUUCCAGGCAAUCAAAAUCCCUGUUAGGAGCUGUGCAUCAGGACUCAGUGGAGGCAAAGAUAGCUUCUGCAGACAUCAAAGCAAUCGUUAGACCUAAGCACAAAGUGAUCUCUGCUGCAGGAAAUGGACACAUUCAGACCACUGUCAAUCAUUGUGUAAAGAGUGAAAACGAGUGCAAUUAUUCCUCUUCUGGUUCUUGUGAUGAAAAAUAUUCUAUGCAAAAGAGUGACGUUCAGGUUUUGUCGGAAAGUGAUAGUCAUGAUGAGGCCUGCGGUGGGUGUGACCAAGUAGAUGGCAAUAUGCCAACCACAUCUCAGGAUAUUGGAGUGGUUUGUCUUUCAGAUGUUGAGUGUUCGGAGGACCAGUCGGAUAGUCGAACCAAUCUGUUGGAUGUAGAGACUCCAAGUUCUGUGGUCAAGGAAAUCCAUCAUCCACUGAAAGGAAGGCGGAUUAAUUCCAAAGACCAGACAGAGAAUACCAUUUUAAUAGACUUGAAACGCAACAGAACAAGCAUGCCUCAAAAGUUAGGUUUGAAAUUGCCAGUGGUGAAAAACUUUCCUAACAAACAAAGUGUUCAUGCCAAAGAUAUUGCCAAUGAAAGCAGUAGUGAUGUAAAUGAACCAGAGUCUUCUACACACGCAAAUCUUCCCGAGGACAAACUCAGUCCUCUCACUCCAUCUGAGAGCUACUCAAAACACUUGUACAAGUUUGCCAUGCCCAAUACCCCAACAAGGAACAUGUUUAAAACUCCUCUUGCUCGUAUAGAGAGCUUCCACAGUGAUGACUUUGAUUACUUGCUCUCUAAUCCGGAAUUAAAAUCAACAGCCACCACCCCUUCUAGCUGUGUGCAAACCCCUACUUUACCUUGCUUUGGAUAUAAACUCAAUUUAAAAAAGAAAAAUGCAAAAUUAAAAUCUGAAAAAGCUAAACAGAAAUCAUCUCUUACAAAUGCACGAGGAAACAUGAAAUAUGCAAGUGAAGGUCCAGAAGUUUCAGAGUGUCAGAGUAUUUCCUCUGAUCGUUUGUCCAUUGGUGCUGGGAAUGAUCCAAGUAGAACAGAUGAUGGUUUAGAAAAGGGCUCAACUGUCAGCAAAGCCAAAAUACACCCAAUGGAUAGAGAAGACCAGGAAACGGAACUCUUAAUCAAAGGAUCCAAGGUUUCAUUGUCAAACCAGAAGAACCGCUGCCUGGCCAAUUGUGACACUAGUGAUAAUGAAAUCAAGGGCAAGAAUAGUCAGAACUGCUCUGACAAAAAUGGCAAACACAACACAGAAAGCAAAAAAUUGAUCAAAUGUUCACCCUGGAAACAUGGCUUUGUACAGUUUUUAAGGAAGAAGAAGCCCAGUCAUCCCCAUCGUAGUCAAAACAACAACGACUCAGUGCAUUCCAAUCACUACGUAGACUCGCGCAAUGGGCAUGCUCGACUAGGCUGCAACAGUGCUCACCUGCGAACCAACCAAGAGGACAGCAGCAGUGAAAUGGAGACUGCCUUCUCUCCUUCCCCAAUCCCUGUGUUUUCUGAUAAUUUGGAGGUCCACUCCUCUCCAGUUCCCGGUCAAGUAACCCCCUCCCCUACACCCACCAAAGUCUUUGAUUUCACUGUGGUCUCCUCAGAAUCUCCUCAAGCUAAGUCGUGCCUUCUGAGUUGGAAAGGGUGCCGGGACUGUACCUACAGCGAUGACCAGCAGUCAGAUGAUGGUCAAGGGAGUGAAUGCACCUUUAGAUUUGAACAGAGUGUGGAUGUAGCAAUCAAAACAUCUAUGUCAAUUAAAAAUGUACAGGAUGCCAAGAAGUAUUCUGCCUACAAGAAAUAUGCUCACACGUGACAGACUGAUGACACAGAAAAAUUGGCAUUGCAAGCUUGUGUACUUGUGAUAAUGUAGCCUCAUAUGUGUUCAGUCUCUUUAGUUUUUGUAGUCAUGGUGACAGAUUCAGAGAGAGGCUAGAAUGACAACACAGCCCAAGUGGACAUGAGGAGAUACGGAUGAUCAUCCCAUUAACCCAUUUGGUGUGGUUUUCUCUGAAUCUGUCAGUUUUUGGUCACCUUUUUCAUUAUAUUAUAUUUUCUAAAAUUGAAAAAAAUAUAUAUAACUGAUUUUCAUUUGAUUUUCAUGAAUAAUCAUUGUGACAAAUUAUGUCAAGUAUAUAUCAAGUGACAUGUCAUUUUGCUCUGUUACUUUGAGCUGUUGACUUAUUUUUCCCUGUGGCACCAUCAUAUAGAUAGAAUAAUCAAUCUAGAGCAUUAUAUUACAUUAUUGAUGUUAUUGUCAUGUACAGCUUUAACUUUUUUGUAUUUUUGUAUAUUUAGAUCAUGAAACUCAAAUCCAUAUAGUCCUCAUGUUUUAAUCACAGUUAGCCAUUCCAAGCCAUGUUGAUAUUUGUUUGAACCUAUUUUAUGGACAUGCACAACAAAUUGGACACAGAUUAACAAACUGGCAGUCCUUUCCCAAUUGUUAAAUCACAAUUUACUCAUUUGAUUUUUUGUACACUAAACUUAUUGGUUGUGACAUACAUUAUUUUAAAGUCUCUACAGUACCCAAGCAAGGUUGCACAUUUUUAAAUGCGAUACUUUGAUUUCAUUAUAAAAAUUAAAGUAUAAAGCCCCUUUUUUUUACAUUAGCAGACUCUUAGAUUUUCUAUUACAUGUACCAAAAAGGACAUUAUGAAAAACAUAUCCUCUGAUGCAGGAAAAACUAGUUUUGUCCAUUUUACAAUAAGUACAGCUCUAAUGUUCCUCAGUAGAAAUUUUUGUCAUUAACAUUUUUACCACAAAAUUUAGGGAUAUCAAACAAAAAUGGAUUGUUUUGAUUUUUAAAGUCUUUAGCUAUCAUAUAUACAUUAGAAAACUCAGAUCCUAUCAAAAUAAUUAACAAUAAAAAAUCAGUCCUAUCCUUAUCAUGAUUAAACAUUUUGGUGCUCUUUAUACUUGAAGAAGAAACAAAACUGAGUACCAUUUCAUUGUGCUUCCAUUUGACCUUGUUUCACGAUCCUGGGUGUAUACACCAAUUUGUUGACUUUUUUUAUUUUGUUAUUUAUCUGUGAUAUACUGUAUUGUUUACUGUUUUAUUGUCACAGUGUGUAUUUCAAUUUACUUUGUCUUGAUCUGAUCUCCACAAUUCCAGAAAUACAAUGUUAUAUUGAUGCUAUUGUAUCUAGGUGUCUGUUGAGAUUUUUCUCUCCUUUUUAUUCAAUUUUGUGAUUUAUUGAAGAAUGCUGAAAUAUCCAGACUUUUGUUUAUUUCUACUUUAUUGGCCAUUUUUGUUUUUUGCAUUUUGAAAACAGAUUGUUAUUAUACUAGUGAAUUAAUACUAGUUUGUAUCUGUUGAACGUUUGGGAUAUAUACCAAAAUUCACAACUUUAUGAUCCAUGCAUGUAGUCCCUGUGCUUGACCCAGUAAAUUAGUAGUACUAUAUACCUCAUGUGUUAAUUUUUAUGUGUUAGUUCUUCUUUUUAAUGUGUACUGUUUAAAAAAACUCAACACACAUAAAUAUGCAAUGUACAUUAUACAAUUCAAGAGUUGUCAAACAUUUUACAGAAUAGUCAAAACUCUGACAGUUUAUGUAAUCAUGAAUGACAAGCGUAUUUCUUCACUUUGACCACGUGUCUAUCAUUCUUCCUUUUCAGACAUAUUAGUUCUUCAUUCUGACUUCACCCUACCUUACAAUUGUGAUAUCGUACACUGACUUGUAUACAAUUUACCACUUCAGUCUUCACCAUGGCAACAACGAGGCUGUGCUUCUGUCUGGUUCCCACUCAUAUUCCCCCGUGUCUGUCUGGUACCCACUCACUCCUCAUGUUUUGUGAUUUAAGUGUUAAUUGUUUGAUCAACGUUUCAUGUGAUUUACCCAUUUCUUUCAAAGAUAUUUAUAUCAAUACCAGUUUAUACAUAUUUCCAGUUGUACUAUGGUGUUUCGUCAUCAUGUUUUACCUUUGACCUUUCAGAGGUCAGACUAUGGAAUUUGUUACGAAUUGUCUUGUUUUACUGAUACUGUAUGUAGACAUCAUAAAUAAUUAUAAUAAAACUACUGUUCACAACG